AUAGUACACAAUUUACAGAAAGAAGAAGAAGAAGAAGGAGAAGGACGCAGAUCUCAAAGGAAGUUCUUCGCCCUUCUUCUCUAGUGAAGACGGAGUCAACGCUGACCGACAAUCUCUAUCCAACUCCAUCCUCAUCGCAGCAUUGGAUCCGAAGCUCUGGAACGAAUCUUGAUCUCAUAUACUCAUUCCUAUUGCUUCUUCCUUUGAAUCCAGCUAGAAUCAAGUAGUCAUAUAGGGAGCUGAAAGUUAGACAUCCAUAUACAAGUUGGUAUGGGGGCAGAAAACAACAGCUGGACUUCGGAAUUAGCCCAUGAUCAGUGGACUCCUCUAUCAGUUUCUGGUUCACGUCCAUCAGCUCGAUAUAAGCAUGCAGCUGUUGCAGUAGAUCAGAAACUGUAUAUUUCUGGUGGAAGUCGGAAUGGAAGAUAUCUAUCUGAUAUGCAUAUUCUUGACCUCCAAACUUUGUCGUGGUCAAGUCCACCUCUUACUGUUGAGCCUAAUGCCAUGACUAAAAGCUUGCAGGAAAGUUUUCCAGCUACAUCAGGUCAUAGUAUGGUUAAGUGGACAAACAAACUCCUUUUAGUUGGAGGUCAUUCAAAGCAUGCUUCUGACACCUUAACAGUAUUGUUCAUUGAUCUGGAAUCACUACAGUGUGGUAUGCUGGAAACCUCUGGAAAAGUUCCGGCAGCUCGUGGAGGACAAUCUGUAAGUCUGGUAGGUUCUAGAUUGAUAGUGUUUGGUGGAGAAGGCAAGCAGAGGCAAUUGCUGAAUGAUGUCCAUGCUCUUGAUCUGGAGACAUUAACUUGGGAGGUUCUGGAAACUGUGAAGGCACCUCCAACUCCCCGAUUCGACCAUGCAGCUGCUGUUUAUUCAGAUAGGUACCUUCUAAUUUUUGGUGGAUGUUCUCACUCCAUCUUCUUCAAUGACCUUCAUGUGCUGGACCUAUUGACAAUGGAAUGGUCCCAGCCACAAAUUCAAGGUGACCUUGCAAAUGCUAGGGCUGGUCAUGCUGGGAUCAAUAUUGAUGGGAAAUGGUACAUAGUUGGUGGUGGAGACAAUAAAACUGGUGCAUCAGAUACUCUUGUACUGGAUAUGUCUAAGCUUGUCUUGUCAGUGUUGACAAGUGUGAAGGAAAGAGAUCCACUAGCUAGUGAGGGUCUUAGUGUUUCUUCAGCAUUAAUAGAUGAUGAAAAUCUUCUGAUUUCCUUUGGUGGUUACAAUGGGAAGUACAACAACGAGGUAUUUGUUAUGAGACCCAAGCCAAAAUAUAGUUCUCAACCCAAGAUCUUCCAAUCACCCGCAGCUGCUGCAGCAGCUGCAUCCGUCUCUGCUAUGUAUGCUCAUGCUGAAUCUGAGAAAUUGGUGCUUACAGAGGCGAACAACAAAAAUGUCAAGGUGUCCCAAACCAACAAUGUCCAGUCAAUGGCGGAGGCCAAAGUUAUUAGAGAAGAACUGAAGUUACUAGAGUCGGCCCUUGAAGAUGCCAGAUCAGAAAGUUCUUCUCUAAAGGGAAAGAUUGUUGAAACUAACACAGUAUAUCCUGAUUUGGCCAAGGAACUUCAGUCAGUCCUGGGUCAGUUGAUGGUAGAGAGAUCAAGAUGUGCUAAAUUGGAGGCACAGAUUUCUGAACAUCAGAAGACACUUGAGACAUUGCCAUCUAUAGAAGAAGAGGUUCAGCUUCUCAGGAUGCAGAAAUCAGCCAUCGAAAGAGACGUGGAGGUUGCUGCUCUUCAGAAGCAAGGUUCGGGUGGUGGUGUUUGGAAGUGGGUGUCGAGAUCAUGAUGGAGGAAAGAAAUGAAGAACAUUGUUGUCUUGAGAUUGAAGGUCAGUUACUACAUUUAUUAUUAUUAUUGUUGUUGGUCUAAUAUUUUGAGGAACUAAAAUUAUCUUAUUUUUCCAAAUCCAAAAUAUCAUUGGCAGUCUUGUCAUAACAAGAUUCAGAUUAGAUAGUAAAAAUUUCAAUUUAUUUUGAGAAACGAUACAAGAUCAUUGAGUUUCAAAGUGUGAAUGAUUGAGAAAACUUAAACUGUUUGUUGUAUAAUUGAGAAAUGGCUCAUUCUCAU